CGGGGCGGGCGGUUGCUGCCUGUUCCUUGCCUCCGCCCUCGGGGAGGGGGAGGCCGGUGCCGGGGCGAGCAGCGGGUGAUGGGGAAGAGGCGAGCACAGCGCUGAGGUCCUGCCGGGCCGGAUGAGCGGAGGCUUGGCGUCGCGGCGGUGGCGGGGCUGGAGGAGGGGGCGAAGGAGGCAGUAGGGGCGGCCUCCACUCCGGCUGCCCUGAGGGGAAGGAGCCCCCGACCAUGGAAAUCGAGAACAUCGUGGCCAACACGGUGCUGCUGAAAGCCCGGGAGGGCAAACGGAGUGGACGUAGUAAAAAAUGGAGAGAGAUGCUGAAGUUGCCACCUGUUAGUCAUUGUGAAGGUAUUAGAUGCUCAAUUGAAAGAGACUAUAACCAGCUUUGUGACAAACAGCCAAUAGGAAGACUUCUCUUCAGACAGUUCUGUGAUUCCAGACCAGAUUUGAAAAGAUGCAUUGAAUUUCUAGAUGCAGUGGCAGAAUAUGAGGUAUCUUCAGAUGAAAAGCGUAUAGACUGUGGCCUGAAAGUUUUAGAGACAUACUUCACUAAUGGGUCUGCAGCACACUUGCCAGAAAUACCUCAGGAAACAGUAAAUGAAUGUAAAGCAAGACUGGAAAAGAACCCGUCUAAGGAUCUUUUUAUGGACUGUACUAGAAUUGUCCAUGAAUACCUGAGCAGAAGACCUUUUGAGGCUUACCAAGACAGUGUGUAUUUUUCCCGCUUUUUACAGUGGAAAUGGCUGGAAAAGCAACCAGUAACCAAACACACUUUUAGGCAUUACCGAGUACUAGGCAAAGGUGGAUUUGGAGAGGUGUGUGCCUGUCAAGUACGGGCAACAGGAAAAAUGUAUGCUUGUAAAAAACUAGAAAAAAAGAGAAUAAAGAAGAGAAAAGGAGAAUCAAUGGCUCUAAAUGAAAAAAGAAUUCUAGAAAAAGUGAAUAGUAGGUUUGUAGUUAGUUUAUCCUAUACAUAUGAGACGAAAGAUGCCCUGUGUUUAGUAUUAACGAUAAUGAAUGGAGGGGAUUUGAAAUUUCACAUAUAUAACAUGGGAAAUCCUGGCUUUGAUGAAGAAAGGGCUAUUUUCUAUGCUGCAGAGCUGUGCUGCGGUCUGGAGGAUUUGCAGAAGGAGAGAAUUGUUUAUAGAGACCUGAAGCCUGAGAAUAUACUCCUUGAUGACUGUGGCCAUAUCAGAAUUUCAGAUCUUGGAUUAGCUGUGCAGAUUCCAGAAGGAGAAACAGUCCGAGGACGAGUUGGGACUGUUGGUUACAUGGCUCCAGAAGUGCUCAAAAAUGAGAAGUAUACCUUCAGCCCAGAUUGGUGGGGUCUUGGAUGCUUGAUUUAUGAAAUGAUUGAAGGACAGUCUCCGUUCAGGAGGCAUAAGGAAAGAGUCAAACGGGAUGAGAUUGACCGGAGAGUGAAGGAAGACCAGGAAACAUAUUCAGACAAGUUCUCUGAGGAGGCAAAAUCCAUCUGCAAGAUGUUACUUGUUAAAAAUCCAGGGGAACGACUGGGUUGCACUGAAGAUGGAGCUGCUGUCGUAAAGCAACAUCCUAUUUUCAAGAAUAUUAACUUCAAGAGGCUGGAAGCUAACAUGUUAGAACCUCCAUUCUUGCCAGAUCCACGUGCCGUCUAUUGUAAAGAUGUCCUGGACAUAGAGCAGUUCUCAACAGUAAAAGGAGUGAAUCUGGAUACUACAGACGAUGACUUCUAUUCAAAAUUUGUUACGGGUUGUGUCUCAAUCCCUUGGCAAAAUGAGAUGAUUGAAACAGGAUGCUUUGAAGAUAUCAAUGCAUAUGAAACUGAUGGUACUGUGUCACCGGACAGAGAGAGGUCUCCUAAACCAAAGAGAGGCUUCUUUCACAGACUUUUUAGUGGAGAGGUUUGCUUUAAAUCUGACUGCAGUGAUGAUGAGCAGGAGUCCUCCAGACUUUAAAUCAUUUUACUCUCAUCAGAAAGGAUGAGGAAAAAAAUGUUUUAUAUCUCUGUAGCAAAGUGUAUUAUAUAUAUUUUUUAUCUGAGUUCAAGAAUUUUUGUACAUUUGUACUUCAUUUGUUUUAAGAUGUAUAUUUUCACUAAAGCUUAAUUGUACAGAAAAGCAAUGAGUGCCAUUUGAGUGAGUGUGUUUCUGUAUGUAUUUGAUUUUUCUUGGUUUAUUUUUUUUUCCCCAAUGGGAUGAUUCUAGAAAUACUAAAAGGAUUUUCAAGCACAGAAAUAUCUAUGGCAACAAUGUAACAUGACUUGUAAAAGUCUUCUUGUUCAUCAGGAUCUGUAUUAGCAGUUUUCUUAACAGUAAAAAUACUAUACCGCUAGAUUUCAUGAUUCUGGUAUUAUCCAGCAGCGUGGCAGUGCUAUUAGCUAAUGUAUCUCUCAAGCAACUUCUAAGGAGAAAAUGGAAUUCAGUGCACUGUGGCCAGCUAUUAUGAAUUGCUGUUCACUAUCUUUCUCUGUAGAAUGACUUUCUGUAUUUCUAUAGAUAGAGAAUUUUUAACAUCUAGCUUAAUCCUGUAACAAACUGAAUUUACCCCUCUCUUACCUUUUCUACCCUCUUGUUUACAGAUCCUCUCCAUACAGUUUCUUGGCUUGGAUCAUGCAAGUAGACUAAUGCCAAAAUUUUAUAACUCUAUUUUGAGUACUUUCUUGUCUUUACUGAAAGGAUUACUUCUUACCUGUGGGGCCAACUUCAUUUUUUUUCCUGUAAAUGAAAUUGUUUACGACUCCACGUAGGAUGUUAUAGUUUUGUAAUGGGUUAAAAACAAAGCCUGUGCUCAUCUAACUAACUUCCUUGCUGCUUCUUAUGUUGUAAUAAGCAGUGUUGUAGACUUGACAGCAAUCACUGCCACUGAGGGAAGGACAAGGGUAUAAAGGAUCAAAUUUUAUUAUGUAAAUAAUCUUUCCUUAUAAUCUUAAAAAACGUAAACAUUAAAACCUGCCUUAAUGAUUGCUCAACACAGAUGUGGGAGUUAUAGUUCUGGUUACCUGAUGUUCAGUAGUAGAGCUGCUUGAAAGCUUGUCAAAGUUCCAUUCCUCUGGAUUCAGAUAUGCCACACUAUCUUUUAAUUUUGUGAAAUUUCUGAUAAAACUAUUAAUCUUUGUAUGAGAAUGAAUUUAGGGAAUACAUUUCAUUAAGAGCCUCUUCUGUUUUUAAAAUUUGAGUUAGGCACUUGAAAUAUAAUGGAGUGCUCUUGGAUUUGGAGACAUGACUGUUCUUACAUAUUUUGUUCUCUAUUGAGAUUUGUUUCCCCUGAGCAUGCAUUGGUUUUCCUCUCAAAUCUCUAGAGCACCAACCAGGCCACACAUGUAUUGUACACACAGAGCAACUGAAUACCCCUCUACCUCAAAUAGGUUUCUGCUUGUAAUCUGCAGACCCAAUGGAAGAAACAUAAGGUGCUUCUGAGAAACUCAAAAGAUACAUUUGAUACCCAAGCCUAUCAUCAGGUUUUAAUUCGUGUCUCUAAUGACAAAUGUCUUAAUAUGUUAGAAUUUGAAACAAGUUGGGAAACAGAAUCCUAUUGGGAAUCCUACUGGGACUGAGUGGGUGUCUAUCUGAAAUUGUUCCUCUUGGUUAUUGUGCCACAGAAAUGAGGAAUGAGAUUCUCUUCCUGUGUUUACAGUGGAUUAUUCCUAAUGUCUGAACAGCACAGAGGACGGCAAAAUGACUGCCUUAAAUACAAAGGGAGAAAUUGGCAGAGGGAGAGUUUGCAUUAAUUACUGGAAAAUAGACUGAUGCAAUAGUGAAGGGAUGAUCUUUGUAGUGAUCUUGACAGAAAGAUAAAUAUCUGAAGUAAGGGUGUUAGCUGAAACCAUUAUGUGCAAGACAAUGAGCUGGCAUAGUCUGACCUGACCUACUUUAUUAUAUACCAUGGUAAUAGAAGGACUCUUAAGAAGAUGGGAAUGGAGAAAAAUGGAAGUAACAGAAAUGUUUUAUGGAUACCUACCUGGUUGGAGAAGUCAUGUUUCUCUGAUUAAGGGGUUUAAUUUUAUAAGAUCUUAGGUUUGGUGUUCUGAGGCAAAGGUGACACUUAAAAUAGGGGGUGAUAGUCUGGGUUUAAUGCCUGCUUGGAGCAACUUGAGAUUUGGGCAAGAACACUGGACAUAAGCUGAGUGAUUUUUAGGAGGAAAGCACAGCAGUUUCCUUUAACGAAUCAAAAAAAAAUCCAAAAGUCUAUUGAUCAUGUAUUUCAAAUUUUCUUUUCAUAUUGGAGGGGGAGUGAUCUCAAUUUAAAAAACUAACCAAACAAGCAAACAUUUGUUUAUUUUUAAGUGAUGAGACUUAACAUUUAUUCUUUAGGGAUCUGUGAGUAGAAAAAGGCUAGAUGAAGAGAAAAGGGAAGUUGUUCCUAAGAAGUGGUUAUUUAUACUUCUUUGGACAAGGAACUCCAACUAUGCAAAAAAAAGUGGAGGAUUUGUUUGUAUGAAGCUUUACUUAGUUUAAUUUCACAGGUUUUUUUCUUCUCAAUAGUACUGUUGAAUUGGUGUUGAGCAUGUACAUGUUUGCAGGAUUAGGACCUAAAUUCUGUUGCUUUUGCAGGAGGUGGUGUUUCGUUUUUCCGCAGUAAGCUCAAGGUGAUAUUUUUCAACCAUAAGCUUGUCCUGUUGGGCUAGAAACAUACCACAUAAGAAGAACUAGAUAUUAUCUAGUGUGAAUCCCCUAAUAAAUUAGAGAAGACAAGAAACUGGAAUGAUCAGUGUAACUCCUAAUACGGUACAUGGAGAUUAAGAUGUUAUGCUGUUUAAUCUAAGGUGACUAACAUUGGUUAAAUGUCUUUACCAGAGUAUUAGUAGUUUGGAGAUGCAAUGUGAAAGUGUGGGAAGGGUAAGGAGAAGGGAGAACACCUGACAUCCAAGUAUUGGGGUGUGAUGAAUUUAAUACGAAGUUUGCUCUUGAUUUGUGUAGGACACAAUAGAGACAAGUGGGGCACACGGCAGGUUGUGUUUACUGAUUCUGUAGCCUUUUACUUCUAUUAAGCUGUUUAAAAAAAAAUGAAGGUCAUUCAACGUGACUUCAUUAUACCUUCAUUAUAUAAAUCAGAUUCUAGACUCUUAUAUUAGAAGGCUUUAAUAGCAAUGAGACAAUCUAACAGCCUGAUUGAUUUCUUCUACUGGUGCAACAUAUGGAAAGAUCUGUGGAAUUCCAUGGAGUUACUUGUGUGAGAUCAACCCUCCUGUUCUGUGGCUUGUGUUUCCAAGCAUUUGUGUAUAUAAGUCUUAAUGCCUGCUUGUGCAUACUUCAUGAGUCUAUAUAUUUAGCUCAAAGUGCAGAAACUGUGAAACAAUGUACCAGUAUCUUACUGGUUUACUUAAAGCUUUUGAAUGUUGUGACCUAACAGAAUAGAAUCUUCAUGCCUCAGGGUUGUUCUCUUUCAAUUAAUAAAGUCAUCAUCUUUUUUUUUUUCUCUGGAGGGGUAGUGUUUGUACUGGAGAUGGUGUUAUGUUUCUGGAUUAUAACAACAACAAAGCAAUCUCAGUUGAAAAAAUGAGUACUUAAAAAUAAUACUGUAUAAUAAUAAUUAGGGGGAAAAAAAACCCUGUGGUAUUUCCAUAAGAGAGUACUGGUGACAGAUUUUUAGCCUUUAACAGAAAAGGUUGUAUGGCUUUUUUUUUUUUUCCUCCAAACCAUUCUUAAAACAAUAGAUCUGAAAGUUUUUUAUUACAAAAAAUAAUUAUCUCAAUUUCAUAAUGAAAUGAUGCCUAAUUUAAGAAAUCAAUGGUAGGAGCUAUUAAAGCCAACUAAAAAUCCAGUUUUGGAAUUCACUUCAAUCUUUUUUCAAACAAUACUGCCAUGAGGAAUUUCUCAUUGUCAUUUCUACAAAUGGAGAAUACUUGUUUACAAGUUACUAAAAUAAGCCAUCAGCAGUAAUACUGUUUUGCUUUGGUUUACAAUUUAGCAUUGCACUAAUUUAACGUUGGAAUUUUCACCUUCACUCAGCAUAGACUGUCAGAAAAUAUUUCUCUAUGGGAAGUACUCAAAAUUGGAUUAAACUAUAGAAAUGAAUGGAAAGCAUCUUUAAACUAAUUUUAUGUUGACUUUGAUUUUAAUUACCUGCCUGGCUCAUUUUGAUGAUGAUGAUGAUGCCUCUUCUGCCAAAUGUACAAUUCCUGGUUUGUUUGUUUGUUUUAUUUCAUAAUUGUUCUUUUGCACAUUAGAUAUUGGGAACUUUUCCUCAUGUUCCACAUGUGUCCCAAGCAGCAGAAUUCUUUCUGAGUAUAGCAAAGCUAACUGUUAAAUGUGAUGUAUUAUUUCUGGUAUCUCCAAACCACUGAACUGUUCUUGUAUGAGCUGUUUCCCUGGAUGUUCUAGCAUUGUUAUUCCCGAAAUAAAAGCAAAACACUGCCGCAUAUCUUAUCCA